UAUUUAUGUUCUUGUACACAUUCAUAGGACUCACAAAUGGUAUGAACCCGACUGGUGGAAAUUCGGUGAUGCAAAAUCAUACUUUCGGCAUGCUUCAGACGAAAUAUAUGCUAUUUCAAGAGCUUUGGCUCAGUUUAUCUCCAUUAAUAAAGUCUCAACACCUUUUUCGGCCUAAACCGAACCAAGUUGAUCAUAAUUUGCCUCUUUGCAGGUCUAUUCUUCGGAUAUAUGCCCACGAUGAUGUGAGUGCAGGAUCAUGGUUUAUCGGACUCGAUGUUAAGCAUGUUGAUGAGAGCAAGUUUUGCUGUUCUCCGUCGUCUACAGGUUCGAUAUGUGCCACGGUAUAAUAUCAACUAACUAGAUGUAUUUCAACACUACUGGUUAUAU